CUAACUCCUGCUACUUUGUCACAAACACAAAGAAAGAAAGCAGGUAGAAUCAAUCAAUCAAAUGCAUGUCUGAAUAUUUUUUCCAUGUGGGUUCCAUCAAUAAGGUCAGUUUCUUACAGAAAAAUUUUCAAGAACACCCAAUUUAUUCGAUUGAAAUCAGUUUGUUCAGUAGCUCAAUUAACUUCAUAUUUGUCAGAUUCUACUUCUGAUGAACAAAUUGGAAAUACCCAGAUGAAAAAUAAUGAGUUAACUAACAAUACUGUUGAGGUGAACUCGUAUUGGGUCACUGAAAUGCUCAAUAGUUUAAGAGAAGAGCCUAAUGAUGCUUUAUCAUUUUUUCGUCAGUUGAAAGAAAGUGGAUUUAAACAUGAUAUUCAGACUUAUAUGGCUAUGAUUAGGACAUUUUGUUAUUGGGGUAUGGAUAUGAAAUUGGAUUCUUUGUUUUUGGAAGUUAUAAAUUUGGGAAAGAAGGAUUUGGGUUUUGAGGUUUCUGAUUUGGUUGAGGAAUUGGUUGAGGGGUUGAAUGCUGAGGGACCCAAUUCGUUGAUUCGGGCUUUAGAUGGAUUGGUUAAGGCUUAUGCUAGUUUAAAGAUGUUUGAUGAAGCUAUUGAUGUUUUGUUCCAGACAAAAAGGUGUGGUUUUGGAUUGAGCGUAUUGUCGUGUAAUUAUCUCAUGAAUAGGCUUAUUGAGUGUGGGAAAGUAGAUAUGGCAGUUGCGGUUUAUAAACAGUUGAAGAGGAUUUCGGUUAGUCCAAAUGUGUAUACUUAUGGAAUUGUGAUCAAGGCAUUAUGUAGAAAAGGCAAUUUUGAAGAAGCAGUUGGUGUAUUUGAGGAAAUGGAGAAAGCCGGUGAAACUCCUAAUGAGUUUACUUAUUCUACUUACAUUGAAGGGCUUUGCUCGUAUGGUAGCACGGACUUGGGUUAUGAUGUAUUGCGGGCGUGGAAAGGGGUAAAUUUACCUCUUGAUGUCUAUGCCUACACUGCUGUGAUUCGUGGGUUUGUUAAUGAGAAGAAGCUGCAAGAGGCAGAAAUGGUGCUGCUUGACAUGGAGGAGCAAGGAAUGGUCCCUGAUGCCCUUUCUUAUGGGGCUUUAAUUAAUGGAUACUGCACUAUGGGGAACAUUUCUAAAGCUCUGGCUUUCCAUGACAAGAUGGAAACAAGGGGUAUCAAAAGUAAUUGUGUGAUUGUUAGCUUAAUUCUUCAGUGCUUGUGCAAAAAUGGCAAGGCAUGCGAUGCCGUUGAUCAGUUCAGUAGUUUUAAGAAGAAAGGUAUUUUUCUCGAUGAGGUGGCUUAUAAUGGUGUAAUUGAUGCUUUGUGCAAACUUGGUAGGUUUGAAGAGGCUGAGAAGUUGCUUGAUGAGAUGAAGGAUAAGAGGAUGACACCUGACAUCGUUCAUUACACUACUUUAAUAAAUGGGUAUUGCCUCCAUGGACAAAUUUUAGAUGCAAUGGGUUUAUUUGAUGAAAUGAAAGAAAAAGGCUUGAAACCUGACGUUAUUACUUAUAAUGUGCUUGCUGCUGGAUUUUCUAGAAAUGGCCUUGUUGAAGAGGCACUUCACCUUUUGGACCAUAUGAAGGGACAAAGGUUGACUCCAACAACCGUCACACAUAAUGUAAUUAUUGAGGGCUUAUGCAUUGGAGGUUAUGCGGAAGAGGCUGAAAUAUUUUUCAAUAGUUUGGAAAAUAAGUCCACAGAAAAUUAUGCUGCCAUGGUGAAUGGGUAUUGUGAAUUAGGCAACACCAAAGAUGCUUUUGAGCUUUUUGUUAGACUGUCAAAACAAGGUGAUUUAAUUAAAAGGAAAUCUUGUUUGAAGCUUCUGAGUAGCCUAUGUCUCGAAGGAGAAUAUAGAAAAGCGUUAAAGCUGUUCGAGAUAGUGUUGUCUUUAGGUGAUGGCACUUGCAAAAUAAUGUGUAGCAAACUAAUAGCUUCCUUAUGUAGUGCUGGAGAUAUGAAAAGGGCCAGGUGGGUGUUCGAUAAUAUGGUUUGGAGAGGAUUAACACCUGACGUGGUCAUUUAUACUAUGAUGUUAAAUGGUUAUUGCAGGGUGAAUCGCUUGCAGGAAGCCCUUUAUCUUUUUGAUGAUAUGAAGAAAAGGGGCAUUUCUCCUGAUGUUAUCACGUAUACAGUUAUGCUUGAUGGCCAUUCUAAGAAUUUAAAGAGAGAUCGAUUGUCAUCAGAUGCAAGGAGGAACGGCAGAGAAAGAAAGGAUACAGGGUUGAAUAUUGGGGAAAAGAUGCAUCCGUCAGUUUUUUGGAGUGAAAUGAACAAGAUGGAAUUAACAGCUGAUGUCAUUUGUUACACUGUUUUGAUUGAUAGUCAUUGUAAAUCAGACAACAUUGAUGAUGCUAUUCACCUUUUCACUGAAAUGAUCGAUAGAGGUUUAGAACCUGAUAGUGUUACGUACACAGCUCUAAUAUGUGGCUAUUGUAAGCAAGGAAAUGUUGAGAUGGCUAAAGAACUUGUGAAUGAUAUGUGGAGAAAGGGAAUACAACCAGAUAGCCAUACCAUCUCAGCACUACAUCAUGGAAUCAUAAAGGCCAAAAAGUUGCACCUUAGGCAUGACAAUAACUCAGCCAAAACUCAGAGACUGCAGGUUAUCUAGUGUAAUUUUGGGGGAGGCACAAGUUGUUGCAUGGAGAUGAAAAAUAUUCAUUUGAAUGUGAAGACCACAUACUUUGGUAAAACUGGAAAGAAAAGAGUUGGUGCUCUUAAUGUAACUAAGCAAGCAGUGGUGUCAUCAUGAGGCCUGAAAAUCAGAUGUUUGAUGCUGUUGAUGGAAAGCAAGAAAGACGGACGUUCCUCUGGAUCAUGAUAUUUCACCAGCACGUUAAUUUUUCCGGUAGUAAAUGGAUCUACAGAGGGUCUCAUGUUAACAUAUCUCAGGGUUUCCUGACAGCUCUAGUGGCUUUUGCCGUUAUUCCAACUGUCUAUUGCAAUAGGCAAUGGAACAUAUAUUCCAAGAAUCCUCAAAGCAGAAAUGGAUUUGUUUUAUCAAAUGAAGAGUCCAGUAAAGUCUUUGCCUAACAUUGGGAGACAAGGUUAGGCUCUGACUAGUGCAGCAUCUAUUCCGGGUACAGAGGCAACAAGGGGUGCUAACCGGCUACCCAACCCAGCAUGCCCAAGUGUUGGAGUUCUAUGUAUUGUCUCAUCUCGUCUAUGUUUUCGGUGCCUCCCCUGAUCACUUAGAAGAUAGGUGCACCGUGAUACGAUAAAGAAAGGCUCUCGGGAGAAACCAAUGAAAAGCCAGGGGUAGAGCCUCGGAGUCGACCCAAACAGAGAUCAAGAGGCAUUGAUGCAUGGAACGGUAUAUCUGCUGAUCUUUCAUGAAUACUAGGCCUAAGUUAGUGAAUCUUACAGUUUCAGAAUGCAUCAAGGAUGGUAGAUUGAAUAGUUGGGUGAAAUGAUACAGUUCGUUUAAUUAUGUAAUUUUUUAAAAAGAAAAAUAAAACCAGUAUAGAAAGCAAAAUGGACACCAAAAGAAAGGCCUUAC